AGUUCUGAACAUUUUGCCGAUUAUUUUCAUGAACAAUUUUAUGGCGAUGACAAUGCAAAUGGUGCACGUGUUGACCGAAAACUUCGGAAAAAAAUAUUCGAGUUGGAAGAAUCGAAUUUGGCACCGAAGAGUUGGGAAUUAAGUGGCGAAGUUACUGCAUUUAAUCGUUCAGAAAAUGCUCUCCUGGAACAGCACAUUGAUUUUGAUCAUGCGGCUAAGCUUCCACCUUUGGUUACUGUUGAUACCACCAGAAAGUUGGAAUCAAUGAUCACUCAGAGAAUAAGAGAUAAGAUUUUUGAUGAUGUUGAAAGAAAAGUACGAGAAUCAGAAUCAGAAGUGAAAUAUAGAGCUGCGGUGGAAGAACAAUAUACUAAGAAGUCGCUUGUUGAAGUUUAUGAAGAGCAAUACCAAAAGAUACAUGGAGUAAAUGAGGGAAAAGUCGAUGAGAAAGUGAUAGAAAUCGGAAAAAUGAUGAGUUCUCUCUUCAGAAAACUUGAUGCACUUAGUCAUUACAACUAUAUUCCCCCAGAGGCACAGUCUGAGAUACAUAUUGUUAACAAUAUGCCAGCAUUACAAAGAGAAGAAGUCGGUCCAACAGCAUCGACCAAUGAAAUGCUCAUUGCGCCUGAGGAAAUCAAGAAGCACAUUAAAGGAACUCUCAAGAAUAAGGAUGAAAGAAAUGAAACGGACCGCGCCCGUGAACGACGUAAGAAAAAGGUGGCUUUGCAUUUGAAAAGGUUGAAAAACUCAGUCUUUAUUGAUCGGAAAAAAGAUAAAAAGGUCGAAAAGAAAAUUAAAAAAUGUAAAGAAAAGAGACUGGAAGAAAGAUCAGUAAAAUCCAGCAAAUUCUUUGAACAGUUGCAAAGGACGACUGCUGAUGAGGUGUUUUUAAAUUUUAAUCUUUUCAAAUUGCUAUUCAGAUUUUUUUUUUACAUGAAAGAUCAUUUCUAUAUGAAUUUAUUUAAUUUAUUUUUUUAG